AUGAAUUACCAUAUUAACCUCACCUGGGAUCCAGGUCUAAAGGUUCCCGGAAAAUCAGGGAUUAGUCAUCAUCAACACUUUGGACCUCGUUGGUCUCGUUUGGAUUUAGAGAUAACGCCGUCAACAGACUCCGUAACGGAUCCCACCGUUAGAGCUCACACUUGUUACGCCGUUUCCUGCAUUUCCCACAAAUCAAAGAGAAAAGCUUUGUGCAGAGAGAGAAGAAGAAGAAGAAGAAUAAUGGGUUUGCUUACGAACAAGAUAGAGAGAGAAGAGUUAAAGUCAGGAGAUCACAUCUACACUUACAGAGCAGUCUUCGCUUAUUCUCACCACGGAAUAUUUGUCGGUGGGUCCAAAGUUGUUCAUUUCAGACCUGAGCACAACCUGAAUUCUUCUUCUCCCUCUGAGUCAUUCUCAUCAGCUUCUUCUUCCUCUGAAGACAUUUGCCCAACAUUUCCAGAUUGUGGUUUCAGACAGCCAAACAGCGGAGUGGUCCUUUCUUGCUUGGACUGUUUCCUCAAGACCGGCUCACUCUACUGCUUCGAAUAUGGAGUCAGUCCUUCGGUCUUCCUCACCAAACUCCGCGGAGGCACUUGCACAACGGCGGAAUCCGACCAAACAGAUUCAGUCAUCCACAGGGCAAUGUACCUUCUCCAAAACGGGUUUGGCAACUACGACAUUUUCAAGAACAACUGUGAGGAUUUCGCGCUCUACUGCAAGACCGGUUUGCUUAUAAUGGAUACGCUCGGUGUAGGGAGAAGCGGUCAAGCGUCUUCCAUAGUUGGUGCUCCUUUGGCUGCGAUUCUCUCUUCUCCUUUCAAGUUGCUGAUACCAAGUCCCAUUGGUGUGGCAACAGUUACCGCUGGCAUGUAUUGUAUGAGUCGGUAUGCGACUGAUGUUGGCGUUAGAACCGAUGUGGUUAAGGUCUCGGUUGAGGAUUUGGCUCUCAACCUUGACUUGAAGACCAUUGAGCAAGUUGAUGAAGAUGGAGAAGAAGAAGAAGAUUCUGAUACCGACUUUGUUAGGUGA